AUGUCUGGUGGUCCUGUUCCAAAAUACACCCAAGGUUCAAGGGGUAUAUGGGAAAAAAUUAGACAAUUACUUGUAAUUGUACCAAAUCGUUCCACAGGUAAUCCUGUUAUACCAUUAUAUAGAUCACCACCACCAGGUCAAUCUCCUAAUGGUAAAUAUUAUGAAGACCCUCAUUCAAUUCCAGCUGGUGAUAUCGUGGAAAAUACUUAUUUUAAUAGAGAUUCAAGAAGAAAUUAUCCCCAGUUAAGUUCAUUUGAUCAAUUUAAAAUUUCUGGUUUAUUAAAAAUUGGAAAUUCUGUGGAACCAAGAGUUUCAAUUGGUGAAAAAGGUUUAAAAGAAUUAGCUUUAGUGCAAGAUCCUUCAAAUAGGGAAAAUUAUUUAUCAAAUUCUUUGAAAACUAUUAAUCAAGGGAUUAUUGAUAAACAAGUCUUGGGUGAUAAUGGGGUUAUUGUGGCUCCUAGUUUAGGUAUUACUCAGAAAAGAUCUGUUCAUUUGGUUAAUCAAGAUGAACAUGGGAUGUAUCCUGAAAAUUAUCCUGUUAGAAUAUUUAAUUAUCGUUGA